AUGGUGUCCGCCGCGCAGGAGCCGUGGCCGGCGCAGGCAGCACGGCGGCCGGCGGGGCGACCGCAGCAGGAGCCGCUCGGGCAGCCGCAGCCGCCGGCGACGGGAGCGCCGCCGCGACAGGAGAGCAGGAGCGGCCGCCGGCGCUCGCGCUCGCGCGGCGGGGACGCCCGGGACCAGGGGCCGCCGCUGCCGGGCGAUGGCGCGAGAGAGGACGGCAGCGUGGUCUCGGCCGUGUUGGCAGAGGCGCUGGCGGCGGACCGCGCGGUGCUGGCCGUGUCGGGGGGCGGCAGCAGCGGCAGGGCAGACGCGCCGGCCUCGCGCCGCAGGUCCAAGUGGGACGACGGCGCGCCGGGCGAGAUGCCCGGCGUCGGGACCACGCCGUACAACGUCGGGGAGGUCGGGGGAGUGCUCGGCGCGGCGCCGGGGAAGCGGCUAGGCGGCGGCUUCGACAGCACGAUCCCCACCGCGGGGAGCCUCGUCGUGGACCCGACCACGGGCCUGGUGCUGCCCGCCGAGCACAGGACGGUUUUGAAGGAGAUCCGCAUCCCCCAGAAUCUGAAGAGCGGUCUCAUCGGGAAGGGCGGAGAGUGGAUCAACUUCAUCCGCAACGAGUCGAAGGCGGGCGUGAAGCUCAGCCACAACGACGGCGACGCGGAGGCCGUCAUCGAGAUCAAGGGCACCAAGGAGGUGAUCCAGCACGCCGAGGUGCUGAUCCACUCGCGGCUCCAGGAGGUGUCUGGCAACAGGGCACUGGUUGUUCAGAAGGUGGAGGAGGUGAUGAUGAAGAAGACGAUGAAGAUCCCACAUGUCAAGGGCGGGUGCAAGGGCGGCAAGGGCGGUGGUUGCAAAGGGGGGGGCUGGAAGGGGGGCGGCGGCAGCUGGGGCGGCAACUGGGGCGGCGAUCACGGUGGCGGGAACGAUUUCGGAGGCGGGAAGGGCGGCAAGGGGCACAAGGUGAGGACCAAGCCGUGCCAGUACUAUAUGCAGGGCAGGUGCACAUUCGGGGACGCCUGCCAGUUCUCCCACGACCCCGAGCUCAUUGCCGCCGCCAUGGGCGCGAUGGAGGCCGGGCCGAUGCAGCCGAUACAGCCCGGACCUGUCAUGCAGUCCUUCCAAAAUUGGGGCGGCGAGCCAGGCGGCAUGCCACCCCCCGCGCCGCCGCAGGCUUUCGCCGGCGGGCAGGAUUCGAGCGGCGACUGGAGCGCCGAUCCACCCGGACUUGGUGGAGGUGCGGCGCCAUCGUUUCCGCCAGCGGCAGUUGACAUGUCGGCAUUGCCGCCUGCGGCCAUGACGAAGGCGUCGAUGCCCGCGGCAGCCCCGGCGACGGCGUCGCCGCCCCCCGUUCCCUAUUCGCCAGAGGCACCGCCGCCAACGCCGGCCCCGCCCAAGGCGUCACCGCCGCCGCCGCCGCCAGAGCCAGAGCCCUUGCCGAAGGAGACGCCGCCUGCCGCAUCGUCGUCAGCUCCUUCGUCGUCGGCUGCGUCGAAGCCGAAGACCGCGGGCGGCUUCAAGGAGGAGAUGUGCAAGUUCUGGCAGGAAGGUGGGUGCACUUUCGGCGCGGCGUGUUUUUUUGCGCAUGGCCCUGACGAGCUGGUGGGUGCCGACAAAGGGCAGGAAAAGAGUCCUGGCAACAAGGACAAACAGCGAAACCAUGACAAUAAAGACAGCGGCGCAGACCAUAUGGAGUUGGUCGGUGGCCCUGGGGGUGCAGACCAGUCAGGCAGCGUGAAGACUGGCAAGGACCAGAAGGCUGAUAUGAGCGUCAUGGACCAAAUUGCCCAGAUGAUGGGCGGCAUGGACCAGAUAGAAAUGAUGGGCGCCACAGAUCAGCUGACACAGAUGGCCCAGAUGGUCGAGAUGGGGGCCUGGAGCAUGGAACAGUUGAUGGAGCAGCUGGCUCCCAUGGUCGCCAUGAUGAGCGGCAUGUACGCUCAACAGGGGCAGACGAUGGCGUUCAGCUCCGAGGCUCCCCCCGAGGACUUCAAGGGCGAGGGCUGGGGCGAGAGCUGGGGCGGCAAAGGCGGCGCAUGGGGCAAGGGCGGCAAUGGCGACAAGGGUAGCAAAGGCGACAAGGGCGGCAAGGGCUACAAGGGCGACAAGGGCGGCAAGGGGGGGAAGAAGGGCGGCAAGGGGAAGCCAUCCGCGUCCGCGGAAGCGGAGGCGGAGUUCGCCGCCAAGCUCGCCGCGUUUAGGAACAAGAACAAGAUAGCGAGCUCUGGCGGUGGAGGCUGGACGUGA